AUGUACCUUCUGAGGCGAAUAUUCAAGUGCAAGCCCGGAGAGGCCCGGCGAGUCGCCAGCCUCGUGCAAAAGCAGGCUCAGGCCUUCGAGGAGGCGGGACAGCGCAGUGAAUGCAGGGUCUAUUUCAACGGCGCCACCACCCCCUCAGAACCAGACACCGUGGUUCUGGAGUGGACCGACGAGACCCUCCGGUCGACCAUGCGCGCCGGCCUCCAGUUGCCGCAGGCGGUCCGGGAAAUCGGCGGGCAGGUCGCCCAGCUGACCGAAGGCAACCGGAUCGAGAUUAUGGAGCUCAUGACGCCAGACAAGAUGCUGGACGUAUAG